GCUAUUGAGAUGCGGGGUUUGCAGGUUUAAAAGGUGGAAGCUGCUGCUGGAAUUGCAACAUCAUGCCCAGUUGACUUUGUACUCCUGUGGUAACAUCCUUAGUGAUCAAUACUGAACCGACAAAGAUACAAACUGGUGGAAAAACCAAGAUGACGAUCCCAGACGAGGUUGAUAUCAUCGUCUGUGGUGGAGGAAGUUGCGGAUGUGUCGUUGCUGGACGGCUGGCGAACUUGGACCACAACCUCCAGGUCCUCUUGAUUGAGGCUGGAGAGUCCAACUUGAACAACCCAUGGGUCUUUCGUCCGGGCAUCUACCCACGUAACAUGAAGCUGGACAGCAAGACUGCCUCCUUCUACUACUCACGACCCUCAGAAUGGCUCGAUGGACGCCGAGCUGUCGUUCCUUGUGCUCAUAUCCUGGGAGGCGGGUCUUCCAUCAACUUCAUGAUGUACACUCGCGCUUCUGCAUCUGACUACGAUGAUUUUCAGGCCAAGGGCUGGACUACCAAGGAGCUCAUUCCUCUCAUGAAGAAGCACGAGACGUACCAGCGUGCCUGCAACAAUCGUGACCUCCACGGAUUCGAGGGUCCAAUUAAGGUGUCGUUCGGCAACUACACCUACCCAAUCAAGGAUGACUUUCUGAGAGCCACCGAGUCUCAAGGUAUCCCAACUACCGAUGAUCUUCAGGACUUGGUCACUGGCCACGGAGCUGAGCAGUGGCUCAAGUGGAUCAAUCGUGACACUGGACGUCGAUCUGAUUCUGCCCACGCCUAUAUUCACAGCACUCGUGCCGUGCACCAGAACCUGCACUUGCUGACCAACAAUAAGGUCGAGAAGGUGGUUCUCGAGGGCGACCGUGCCGUUGGCGUCAAGGUCGUUCCAACCAAGCCUCUUUCUCCUGGUCAGUUGACAUCUAGAGUUAUCAGGGCCAGGAAGCAGAUCAUUGUCUCUGGUGGCACGCUCAGCUCACCACUCAUCCUCCAGCGAUCUGGUAUCGGUGACCCCGAGAAGCUCCGCAAGGCUGGCGUUAAGCCUCUUAUCGAUCUACCAGGUGUCGGUCUCAACUUCCAGGAUCACUACCUCACGUUCGCUACAUACCGAGCCAAGCCACACGUCGAAUCCUUCGAUGACUUCGCUCGUGGUGACCCCGCAGUCCAGAAGCAAGUUUUCGACCAAUGGAACCUCAACGGUACCGGCCCUCUUGCCACCAACGGUAUCGAGGCUGGCGUCAAGAUCCGCCCGACAGAGGAGGAACUCACCAUGAUGGACAAGUGGCCCUGCCCAGAGUUCCGGUCUGGCUGGGACAGUUACUUCAAGGACAAGCCCGACAAGCCGGUCAUGCAUUACUCGGUCAUUGCUGGUUGGUUUGGUGACCAUAUGGUCAUGCCACCCGGCAAGUUCUUCACCAUGUUCCACUUCCUGGAGUAUCCGUUCUCGCGUGGUUCGACUCAUAUCACCUCGCCUAACCCCUAUGAUGCUCCGGACUUUGAUGCUGGUUUCAUGAACGACAAGCGUGACAUGGCACCCAUGGUAUGGGGAUACGUCAAGUCCCGUGAGACAGCGCGUCGCAUGGACGCAUACGCCGGUGAGGUGCAGUCUAUGCACCCCUUCUACGCGUUCGAUAGCCCCGCUCGUGCUAACGACAUGGAUUUGCUCACCACCAACGCUUACGCUCUUCCCGGUAACAUUACCGCUGGUAUCCAGCACGGCUCCUGGACCAUGCCUAUCGAGAAGGGCAAGGCACCAAGCCCCAGCUUCCUCAACUCCAACUCGCAGCACGUGCUCGAGGACCUUCAGUACACCACUGAAGAUAUCAAGCACGUCGAGAACUGGACCAAGCGCCACGUUGAGACCACCUGGCACUCCCUGGGCACAUGCUCUAUGGCGCCCAAGAACGGCAACAGCAUCGUCAAGCAUGGUGUCUUGGACGAGCGCCUUAACGUGCACGGCGUCAAGGGCCUCAAGGUCGCUGACCUGUCCAUCUGCCCCGACAACGUCGGUUGUAACACGUACUCCACUGCGCUGCUCAUUGGCGAGAAGUGCGCUAUGCUUACUGGUGAGGAUCUGGGCUACAGUGGUGCUGCACUCGAUAUGAAGGUACCGAACUACCACGCCCCGAGAGAGAUCGCUGGAUUGAGCAGGCUGUAAUUGACUGGCUUAAUGCGUCGCUCUUUUAGUCUGUUGAAGUGGUCAGACGGAUGGGGAAAAUUGAGCGCUUGUGCAUAGUUUAUGUUAAUGAGCUUUCUGCGACUUGAUCAGUAGCACACGUGCACAUGCCCUGUCCCCAUUCUCCCGCAUCCUGCUGACAAGUGUGGCUACUGUGUCCAGAUCACAUGUAUAUCGGGGCUCGGAAGAGUCAGCUUUCCUCAAAGUGCGGUCUCACAUCGCUGCCCAUUCAUCUGCUGGCACACAUAUAGGCUCGCGUUCUAGCGCCCGAUUGAUAUAUAUUAAU